GCGAUGGCUCUGCUGUGGCUGCUGAGCUGCCUGGCGCUGGUGGGCUCUGCCCGUGCCACCCUCUCCCUGGCGAGCUGCGGUGUGCCCGCCAUUGCACCCGUCAUUCGUGGCUACACCCGUGUCGUCAACGGCGAGCCGGCGGUGCCGGGGUCGUGGCCGUGGCAGGUCUCCCUCCAGAACAAAACCGGAUACCACUUGUGCGGCGGUUCGCUCAUCAGCGAGGACUGGGUGGUCACUGCUGCCCACUGCGGCGUCAGGACCACCGACAUUGUGGUGGUGGGAGCGUACGACCAGGAGGAUCCCUCCUCUGAUGAGCAGAGGUUGACCAUCGCAAAGGUCUUCAAGAACCCCAAGUUCAACAUGCUGACCAUCCGCGAUGACAUCACCCUGAUCAAACUGGCCACCCCGGCCCAUCUGUCAGCCCGUGUGUCCCCUGUCUGCCUGCCUGAUCCCAACGAGGACUUCCCAGGGGGCAUGACCUGUGUCACCACCGGCUGGGGGCGGACUGAUGCCGCAUCCUCGCAGACGCCAGCGGUGCUGCAGCAGGUGGCCCUGCCCCUGCUCACCAACGAGCAGUGCAAGCAGUACUGGGGGUUCCGCAUCCGCAACAUGAUGGUGUGCGCCGGCGCUGACGGUGCCUCCUCCUGCAUGGGCGACUCCGGGGGCCCGCUGGUGUGCCAGAAGGAUGGCGUCUGGACCCUGGUGGGCAUUGUCUCCUGGGGCAGCGGCACCUGUGACCCCAAAGUGCCCGGUGUCUACACCCGCGUCACCGUGCUGCGCGACUGGAUCGACUCCAUCCUGGCGGCCAACUGAGGCCGGCAAUAAACGCUGCCACCCCAACGCACUGUGUCCUGGCCCCUGCCCCGGGAAGGGAGGGUGUGGGGCAGCCCAACGGGUGGGGGACACGGGCACCUGGUGGGCUUGG